GCCCCGCCCAGAAAGCCUGGUAGCGCGUCCCCGUGCGACCGCCAAGAUGGUGGUCGGUGCGUUCCCUAUGGCGAAGCUGCUAUACUUGGGCAUCCGGCAGGUCAGCAAGCCGCUUGCCAACCGCAUUAAGGAGGCCGCCCGCCGAAGCGAGUUCUUCAAGACCUAUGUCUGCCUCCCGCCGGCUCAGCUGUACCACUGGGUGGAGAUGCGGACCAAGAUGCGCAUCAUGGGCUUCCGGGGCACAGCCAUCAAGCCGCUGAACGAGGAGGCGGCCGCCGAGCUGGGCGCCGAACUCCUGGGCGAGGCCACCAUCUUCAUCGUGGGCGGUGGCUGCCUGGUGCUGGAGUACUGGCGCCACCAGGCGCAGCAGCGCCACAAGGAGGAGGAGCAGCGCGCCGCCUGGGACGCGAUGCAGGACGAGGUGGGCCGCCUGGCGCUGGCUGUCGAGGCGCUGCAGACGCAGGUGCAGCAGGCGGUGGCACCGAGCGCCCUGGAAGAGCUGCGGGCGCAGAUGCAGGAGGUGCGCGCCCAGCUCUACGUCAGGGAGGGGGGUGCGCGGUCCACGCCCAAGGCAGUGUCUGCGUCGGAGAAACAGGCAGCUGCUGAAGCCUGAACUUGGAUAUGGCCCUGUGUGCCCUAAUGUGGCCUCCUUUCCGCAAUACCCAGCCUGUGCGGGCCCAGCGGAAACCACCGGAAUCUUGAUGAACUUGGUCUUUGGUCACCCGCUACUGACCAAUGGUACGUUCCACUGGGACUGUCCCCUCCAACCUGUAGCUCAUUGGUACAGCCCGCAGUACUCGCCUCUCCAUCCCCGUCCCAAACCACACGGACCGAACAAGGUCCCAGACUGCAGGACAGCACGCCCACCCUUCUGGCGGAAGAAGAAAAGAAGUUGGACUUGAGCCGAAUCAACCUGUCAAGCUCCCCAUUUACCUGAUCGGUGUUACCUUUCCCUGGGACACUCGUCCGUUACACCGAACACCCCCUUUUACCAGUUGGUACAGACCAUUCAUUGUCAGACACGCAGUGUCUUUCAGUGGGCCUCUGUCCCUCUCGCCCUCUAAGGUGGGCUGUAGUCGGGCACCACCCCUCUCUUUGAGGGGGAGAGGAAGGCUUGCCAUCUAUCCACUGAAUAUCUUUUCUUAACCUGAUCCAUGAGAUACCUUCUCUUCAGUCCCCAGGAGGAAUAUUUCAACAGAACCCCCUCAUCCUUCAGUCUGUGGCACAACCCACGGGAAUGGCUAUGCUGGUCUCACACGAUGCCCUCCCAACCCCCCUUAUGUGGUGGAGAAAUUUAUCGUGCCUAAGGCUAAUUCAGCCUUUCUUUCAGUCUACUCGUCCCCAGAGUCCCUGGGCCUUUCCUGACUCGGCCUUUCCUAAUGUCUCCUUCAGUGGCCUCUUCCAGGCAGCUGCAGCCGUGGAUUCGAUGAUCGCAUCUCCCACGCUGCAUUUAAAUGGGUUCACCUGUGUGCUUUUGCCCACCUGCCCUGGAGCCGCGGCCCCGCGGUCCGGCAGCCCCUCUUCAUGCAGUGGUACCUCCUGCCUCCGCAAGCCCCAAGAGCCCCCUCACUGGUCUUGGCCCCUAGUUGGUCUUACCUUCUUUAGUAAUUUCCUGGGGCUGCCGUAACAAAUUACCACAAACUUGGUGGCUUAAAACAACAAGGAUUUAUUCUCUCCCAGAUCUAGAGGCCACCGACCCAAAAUCAAGUGUCAGCAGGGUCACAGUCCCUCCAAAAACUCUACUGGAGAAGGAUCCUUCCCUGUCUCAUCCUCCAGCUCCUGGUGUCUCCAGGUGUUCCUAUAAAGACACUCAGUUAUUGGAUUUAGGACCACCCUCAAUCUAGGAAGGACUCCUUUUUAUUUUAUUUUUUUAAAGAUUUUAAUUGUCUUUAGAGAGGGGAAGAGAGGAAGACAUGGAAACAUCAAUGUGUGUUGCCUCUUGUGCGCCCCCUACUGGGGUCCUGAGGCAUGUGCCUUAGGCGGGGAAUUAAACCGGAGACCCUUUGACUUGCAAGCUGGCACUCAGUCCGCUGAGCCACAGCAGCCAGAGCUAGGCAAGACCCUUUUUGCAAAUAAACUCCAAUUCACAAGUUCAAUGGGUAAGGAUGUAAACAUCUUUUUUGGGGGUGGGGGUUACCAUUCAACCCACUACACCUCCCCCAGCCCAGGAGUGUGCUUGGACUCCUGCCAACCCCGUGGAACAUUCGGACUUCCCCACAUAAGAGGAACAGUCCAGGAACUAGCCUUCACUUCUUGGUUUCUCUUCCAGAACUCACCACAGAAGCAGGGAGGGGUGUGGGCCCCACCAGCCUGUUCCAUUUUUCAGACUGUAGGUGUCUCCCAAUUAAAGGAGGAAAUCAUUUUAAGGAUGUGUUUGAGAACCAUUGUAUGGAUUUCCAGAAUGGAUACAAAGCUCAUUUAAAUUAGGAGAGAAGCUGAGAGAGAUCGGAUGGGGUGAAUGAAUCGAGAGUCAUCCUAUGAACUCUCCCAGAAGGGGAAACAGGCUCAGGGACUUGCCCAAGGUUGUGAAGCCAGUGAGGGGCGGGAGUCAGGGGCACAGAGGGCAGGGGGAACCAGAGAGGAACCCAGGUUAAUUUGGGUGCAGGGUGCCGGAGUACAGGUGCAGAGCAAGGAGGAAGACGAGGGAGGAAGAUCAGUGGGAGAAAGGGGGGAAUCUCUACAGAGACCCCAGAGGCAGUGUUCGGAGUGGAUGGCCUGUCCCCUAUCAGAGCAGCCAUGGGGCACCUGAGAUCUUCGCAGUCAUUGACGGCGCUUAGAUUCAUCUCACCUGGGCGAUGGGAGAGGCGGAUUCCCUCCCUGCCGCUUCCUUACUUCACUUCCCUGGGGGGUUAAAAAUGACCUGGACACAAGACCUGAUAGAAAACCGGGAACAGGUUCUGAAAUGUCUAAUCCUUUGUAGAAGAAGGGGAGAAGCUGGUGUAGAGGGAGCCAAGGAGAUGGGUCCUGGGUGGAUUUUUUUUUUUUUUAAGUAGGUGUGACCUGAGCAGGUUCAAUGAUUCAAUGAUGAGGUGAAAUGAAGGCAAGAGAUACCACUGCGUGAAAGGCGGGUGGACGGAGAAGCCAGGUGAGCGGGCUCAGCGCCUGGUUCCCAUUGUUACCCCUGAGUGGUUCACGGCGCUGUCACAGCUCUGGAGCGCGGGUUGCUGGCCGCCAGGGACAGUGACUGCAAGCGCCCCACCCCAUCGUGUCAAUAAACAGCAGUCAGGUGGAAUUCAUUGAGCUCUGGAAAGGUGCUGAGCAUUGUUCUAAAUGCUUUGUGCAACCCCAAUUAACUGUUUUGUUUAUGAAGAAACUAAGGCAUACAGAGGGAAAGUCACAUGCCCGAGGCCACACAAGCAGGAAGGAGACAGAGGUGGGACAUCAUGAAGAUGGGCAGUCGGGGCCAGAGCCCGAGCCCCUAACCCCUGCGCCAUCCUGGCCCCGAGGCAGUGCUGCACUCACGUCUGUGAGGCUGGAAACUCGGCCCUACGAGUCCUGGCACGUGGCCAGUCCUGUGGGAUGCAGCGGCUUCACCCACUGGGUGGGGCAUGGGAUCAGGGGGCGUGAAGUGUGAAGAGCCCCCUCUCAGAAGGCCCGAGGCCAGGCAAUGGACGGCUCAGGUUCAUCACUCUGAAUUCCCAACUAGCAAAAAUUCUGUAUGCAUGUGUGACUCGGGGAGAGGGGUUAGAAUAAAUUUGUAAUUCAACUUGGUUGUCUUCAAGUUGCUCCCUUUAUUUUUUUCAUAUUUGA